UCUUUCUCUGUACUUAGCACGGCAUUUAUUAUAUAUACCCUUCAGGGGGUUCAGCAGGUGUUAAGCAACAACAACCUAGCUAACUAACAAAAGAAACUAGGUGUUACAAAUACCAAUUUUUGUUUAAGACCAUUGUACUGAUUUGUCUAUAUUGGUUUAGAACUGGUGGCAUAGCUAACUAAUGGGAGUUACCUUACACUUGGUCAUUGGCAUAUUGGGAAAUGCAGCUUCUUUGCUUCUGUAUGCAGCACCAAUAUUAACAUUUAGAAGGGUAAUUACGAGGAAAAGUAUCGAAGAGUUUUCAUGUGUUCCAUACUCUAUUGCUUUGUUAAACUGUUUGUUGUAUACAUGGUAUGGUUUACCAGUAGUAAGCAAUAAGUGGGAGAAUUUCCCACUAAUCACCAUUAACGGUAUCGGAAUUCUACUCGAGUUCUCGUUCAUCUUUAUAUAUAUUUGGUUUGCUCCACCCAGAGCCAAGAAGAUGGUUUGUGUACUCUUAAUACAUGUGUUAAUGGUGUUCUGCAUCACUGCAUCUGUUUCCGCAUUUGCAUUAAAAUAUCAUCAUCACCGGAAAGUUUUGGUUGGAUGCGUAGGAUUAGUGGCCUCUGUAUCAAUGUAUGCUUCACCAUUAAUCGUCGUGAAACAAGUGAUCAGGACAAAAAGUGUGGAAUUCAUGCCAUUCUCUUUAUCUUUAUUCUCAUUCCUCGCAAGUUUACUUUGGAUGGCAUACGGAUUAGUAGGCCAUGAUCUUUUCCUCGCUUCUCCUAAUCUUGUGGGCUGUCCUCUGGGCUUGCUUCAGCUUGUCGUAUAUUUCAUUUAUAGAAACAAAACGAUACAAAGAGAAGAAGGAAAAACUAAAGAUUUAGAGAAAAAUGGACCAUUACAGCAUCAUGAACCUGGUAUGAUCAUUUGCAGCUGCAUUGGAAUAACGAGAAAUGAACGACAUAAAUAAUGUACACAAGAUUUGGGUUUCAUACUGUCUACCUGGACAAUUAUAUAUCUUAGGUGUAAAUUCAUAAAGCAAUGCUAGUUGCAUUUUCAUUAUUUAGGUACAAAUUAAUGUAAAAGGGUAUGUAAUCCUCUGUUAUUCUGAUUAAUAAAUAAAUAAUUUAAUUC